UUUUAAAAUAUCGGGCAAGGGAAGGGGGAGGGGAGAGAGAGAGAGAGAGCUAGUUUUUUGAGAGAGUAUACAUUAUGGGAGAAGAAAAAAGGGGAAAAAAAUAGGAGGAGAGCUUCACAUAAAAAGAGAGAAGAAUAUUUACGUUCAUCUUUACAAGAAGGAAUGUACGAAGGAAGAAUGGUCUCCCAUUCCAUCCAUUGAAUUUUCUUAGAUUCAAGGAGUUUGUUUAAUUUCCUUAGAGUAGUACACACAAGGAGCAAACUUAGAUCAAUCCUCAAACCUAUUGGAAUUUGUAAGGCUUUCUUAAUUGUUGGGAGGAGCAUAUUCAAGGAAUUUAGUUGCCAACAACUUCACAUUUGAUAGCUCAAACAUAAGUUCAUUUGCAGAAUUGAAUUGUCUUCAGAGAAACUUUCCAUGCAAUAGGAACAAACCUCGCUAUGCUAAUUUCUCCAUCAAAUGUGGUGGUAAUGAGAUGAGACCUGCUAAUGGCAUUGUAUAUGAGGCUGAAAACUCAACUCUUGGCCCAGCAUCAUACUACAUAACAAGUACAGAAAAAUGGGGAGUUAGCAAUGUGGGAUUGUUUGCUGACAACAGUAAUCCUACAUAUGUGCAAAACACCUUGGCCCAAGCUGUUGCGACCAGCACUCCUGAGCUUUUCCAGACUUCGAGGAUAUCCCCUGGAUCACUCAGAUACUAUGGCCUUGGUCUUCAGAACGGAGCUUACACUGUGAGCUUGCUGUUUGCAGAAACUGCUUUCAAUGAUAGGGAAUCGCGGACUUGGGAAAGUCUAGGAAGGCGUGUUUUUGACAUUUAUAUUCAGGGUCAUCUGCAACAGAAAGACUUUGAUAUAUCCAAGGAGGCAGGUGGGGUUGAAAGGGCAAUUCAGAAGAAUUUUAAAUUUAAUGUAUCAGAGAACUAUCUGGAAAUUCACCUGUUUUGGGCUGGCAAGGGAACAUGCUGCAUACCUGUGCAAGGUUACUAUGGACCAUCCAUUUCAGCUCUAAGUGUUGUCUCAGAUUUCAAGCCAACUGUUAGUGGGCUUCCACCUAUAAAUACUCCCCCAUCAAAAAAAAGCAAGACUGGGUGGAUUGUUGGUGUUCCAGUUGCUGUGGGGAUCACGAGCAUCAUAUUGAUUCUGUUGGUGGUUUACAUGAGAAUAAAAGUGUUAGACGCUGAUAAUGAAGAAGAGCUUUUCGGAAUAGACCCCAAACAAAACACUUUUAGCUAUGCUGACUUGAGAACUGCAACACAGGACUUCAGUCCAGAAAACAAGUUAGGAGAAGGGGGAUUUGGACCUGUUUACAAGGGCACACUUACUGACGGAAGGCCAGUAGCUGUCAAGCAGCUCUUGGUGGCAUCUAACCAAGGAAAGAAUCAAUUUAUAACAGAGAUUGCAACCAUAUCUGCAGUGCAACAUCGAAACCUUGUGAAAUUGUAUGGAUGCUGCAUUGAAGGACAGAAACGGCUUCUAGUUUAUGAAUUUCUUGAGAACAAAAGCCUUGAUCAAGCACUCUUUGGAAAAAACGGUCUGCAUCUUGAUUGGUCAACCCGCUUCAGCAUAUGCUUGGGAACAGCAAGAGGACUUACUUAUCUCCAUGAAGAAUCAAGGCCAAGGAUUGUACAUCGUGAUGUCAAGGCCAGUAAUAUUUUGCUUGAUUCAGAACUCUGCCCCAAGAUAUCUGAUUUUGGAUUGGCAAAGCUGUAUGAUGACAAGAAAACACAUAUCAGCACCCGAGUUGCAGGGACUAUCGGCUAUCUGGCACCUGAAUAUGCAAUGCGUGGACAUCUUACGGAAAAAGCUGAUGUGUUUGGUUUUGGUGUUGUUGCUUUGGAGAUUCUGUGCGGGAGACCAAACUCCGACAAUAGCUUGGACGCUGCAAGGAUAUAUCUUCUUGAAUGGGCAUGGAAUCUACAUGAAAAUAACCGAAGUUUGGAGCUGAUGGAUCCGACAUUAAUGUCAUUUCAUGAAAAUGAAGCCAAACGGGUGAUAGGAGUGGCGCUACUGUGCACUCAAGCGUCGCCCAUGCUGCGGCCACCUAUGUCGCGUGUUGUGGCAAUGCUUACCGGAGACACUGAAGUGAGCCCCGUUACGUCAAAGCCCAGUUAUUUGACAGAUUGGGAUUUCAAAGAUAUAACGGGCAGUAUAGAUGAAGUUGCUUCAAUGUCCACUGCAUCAAAGAGUAAUACUAACAGCCAGCACAGGAUCAACGAGUCAGAGACUUCUACCCCUACCCCUACAACUGGAGAACACGAUCCGAUCCCCUCUCCGCCAAAUUUCACUGAACCUUUGUUCAAUGAGAUUAUCAGAGACGGAAGGUGAGAAAACCUGCCCAUAAGUGGAAUGCCAAUUGGGGCUUGGGUCCAACUAUAUUUUAUACAGAAACUGUCUCGUGCCUUUUUAUCCAUUUCUUGGCUCUUGUUAGGUCUGGUGGUGGUAAUUUUUGUACAUAAGAGGGAGAUUCUUUGUAGCUUGGGAGAUUCUUGCAUGCCCUAAUUACUGAAACAAUGGCGAUCCUUCUAUUUUAAAACUCAUUAAGAGGAGAUGCACCUAAUUCUGCACAGCUAGGAAGAAUGUUUUGAGAUGAUAUUUCAUUAUUAGUUGGUAAUAUUUCCCUAAUAGUUCAGAAUCCUUUGAUCC